AUGGCUCGCCACGGGGAUACUCGCUCACCAUCUCCUGUAGGCAGCACACACUCAUCCAAGCGGAGCCGCAGAGAUGAUGACCGCUAUGAUCGAAGCCGGCGGGAUGAGGGACGCAGCUAUCGCCGAUCCCGCAGUCCAGAGAUCACCCUACAGCGCCGGUACCGUGGUCGCGAUAACGGUCGCGACAGACCCAGCUACCGACGACGUGACCGCUCCCUAGACCGCCGCGAUGAAGAUACCUACCGACCCACUCGCAGAGAACGAUCUCGAGACCGCCGACGGUCUAGAGAGCGAGAUGACUUUCGCCGGAGAAGCCGCGACAGAGAUUACCGACCCAGGCGAGAUGAUUCACGCGACCGUGAUCGCAGGCGCACGGAUGAUUCUGCUGACCUGAAGUCCAAGUCUAGACGGGAAGAUAGCCGAGACCGUGGAUCGAAUCGGCAGUCGAGGUCUCGAACUCGCGAGCCAUCCAAAGCAUCCACCCCCGCACCCGCACCCGCCGCUCAGACGGACGAGCAGAAGAAAGCCGAGAGACUCGCAAAAUUGGCAGCAUGGAAAGAGAAGCAAGCCGCCGAGCGUGAACGCAAGGAACAAGAACAGGCUGCCGCUGGCCCACGGAACAUUUUGGAAGCUAUUGAUCGUAAAUCCGGGGUUUCCCCCGCCGUUGCUUCACCCCAAACACCCGCGACACCCAUUGACUCUACGGCAUCCACUCCGUACCCUGGGAAAUUCGACCCUAAAGCCAUCGCGAAGAACGUCACAACCUCUGCUGCAUCGCCCGCUGUACUUGGAAAUGAUGUCGCUGUUCCCCAAAUCACAAAGACCGCCGCGAAACAAUCACACCUCUCCACCUCCGUUUCCAAUUCCGCUUCUUUUAAGCCCAUAGGCAAUGUGGGUGGGUUUGGACUGGGAGGAGCGAAAUUAGCCUCUGACAAGGAGAAAUCCACGGCCACCCGCACGCUUGGGUUUGGUGAAGAGGAAUCUACGCGUAAGAAGCUCGAGAGGCUUCCCACUCCUCCUCUUGAUGAUGGCAAAGAUAAUACAGCAGAUGAUGCCGGAGACGAUGACAUGGAUAUGCAAGAAGAUGGGACCGAGGAGGACGCCGAAGCCAACGCGCGAGCAGCAGCAGAGCGCCGAGAAGAGCGACUUCAGAAUGUGAUUCAGUCGGAAAGCGACGGACAAGGCGACUCCCAAACAAAUGGUGAUGUUCAAAUGACGGAUGUGUCCAACUCGCAGGCCGAAGUUGAAAUGGAAGUAGAUGAGGAAAUUGAUCCCUUGGAUGCAUUCAUGUCAGGACUAGCCGAAGCCCCUCUACCAAAGAAGACCUUUGGCAACAAAUUCUCCAAGAAAAAAGAGGCACAACAACCCCAGGCUAUGUUCGGUGACGAAGAAGACGUGGCCAUCACCGCGGUCGGAGACGACGCUGCUGAAGACGUUCUUGCCAUUGCCAACAAAAAGAAGAAAAAGGAAAUACCCGCGGUGGAUCACGCCAAGGUUGAGUAUGAACCUUUCCGCAAAGAGUUCUAUCACGAGCCAGCACAUCUCGCAGAUAUGACCGAGGAGGAGACCGCAAACCUGCGUCUUGAACUAGACGGAAUCAAAGUCCGCGGUCUUGACAUUCCAAAGCCCGUACAGAAAUGGGCCGAAGUUGGGCUGGGUGUACAAACUCUCGAGGUCGUUGAGCGACUUGGUUACGAGUGCCUGACUUCCAUUCAAGCCCAAGCUAUUCCUUCAGUCAUGGCUGGUCGUGAUGUGAUUGGUGUUGCGAAGACUGGUUCUGGAAAGACAAUGGCAUUCCUGAUCCCAAUGUUCAGGCACAUCAAAGAUCAACGGCCUCUUGAAAACAUGGAAGGCCCGAUCAGUCUGAUCAUGACACCGACCCGUGAACUGGCAACUCAGAUUCAUAAAGACUGCAAGCCAUUCUUAAAAGCUUUAGGUCUUCGCGCAGUUUGCGCUUACGGUGGUGCUCCAAUCAAGGAUCAAAUUGCCGACCUGAAGCGGGGAGCGGAAAUUGUUGUGUGCACCCCUGGUCGUAUGAUCGAUUUACUUGCGGCAAACGCAGGUCGAGUACUAAAUUUGCGACGAGUUACGUUCGUUGUUCUUGACGAAGCCGAUCGCAUGUUCGAUAUGGGCUUUGAACCCCAAGUUAUGAAGAUCAUGGCCAACGUAAGACCAGAUCGUCAGACAGUCCUCUUUUCUGCCACCUUCCCUCGAAACAUGGAGGCUUUGGCCCGAAAGACGUUGAAAAAGCCCGUCGAGAUCGUGGUUGGUGGUAAGAGCGUUGUCGCUCCUGAAAUUACACAGAUUGUUGAGGUCCGCAACGAGGACCAAAAGUUUUUCCGUCUCUUGGAGUUACUGGGUAACCUGUAUGAGGAUGACGCAAAUGAGGACGCGCGGGCGUUGAUCUUCGUGGACCGUCAGGAAUCCGCUGAUAAUCUACUCAAGGAGCUUAUGCGUAAAGGUUAUCCGUGUAUGUCCAUUCACGGUGGAAAGGACCAGAUCGAUCGUGAUUCCACUAUCGAAGACUUCAAGGCAGGUAUUUUCCCUGUCUUGGUUGCUACCUCUGUGGCCGCCCGUGGUCUGGACGUCAAGCAGCUGAAACUUGUCGUCAACUACGACGCUCCCAAUCAUUUAGAGGACUAUGUCCACCGUGCUGGGCGAACUGGUCGUGCUGGCAACACUGGAACUGCGGUCACUUUCCUCACUGAUGAACAAGAACGAUACUCCGUGGAUAUCGCCAAGGCGCUCAAGCAGAGUGGUCAGGAGAUUCCCGAGCCUGUUCAAAAGCUGGUCGAUGCUUUCCUGGAGAAGGUCAAGGCCGGUAAAGAAAGAGCCAGCACCUCUGGAUUCGGUGGCAAGGGUCUAGAGCGGCUUGACCAGGAACGUGAGACGGCACGGAACCGUGAGCGUCGCACCUACAAAACCGGCGAAGAAGGCGAGGACGAGGAAGAGAAAGAGGAAAAGAAUGCUAAGGAUGAAGACCGAUUUAACAAGGCUCUUUCAUCCGUACAAUCUGCUGCUGCUCCAGCUCCUACACAGCUUGUUGGUGUGCCCAAGGGCAUUGAUCUGGAUGGCAAGAUUACUGUGCACAGGACAGAGAAGGACCCAGCAGGCGGCUCAAAGAACGCACUUGACAAGGUCGGCUCUGCCGUCGCUGAUAUUCAUGCUCGUUUGAGCCGAGCCGGUGUGAUGAGAUCAGGAGUUCCCAUCGACAAUCGUGGGCCAGAUGCUGGCGCGUUCCAUGCUACGCUUGAGAUCAACGACUUUCCCCAGAAAGCUCGUUGGGCAGUCACGAACCGCACAAACGUCGCAAAGAUCCUCGAAUCCACCGGCACAUCUAUCACAACGAAGGGAAAUUUCUACGCAAAUGGAAAAGAACCUGCUUCCGAAGAUGCGCCUAAGCUGUACAUUCUGGUUGAGGGUGAAACUGAGAUUACUGUCACCAACGCCAUGCGUGAGCUUAUGCGCCUCUUGAAGGAGGGUACUAUUGCUGCCGCCGACAGUGAUGCUCGUGCCCCAGCCAGUGGUCGUUAUAGCGUUGUCUAG